AUGGAGCUUCAUGUCUUGAUUGUCAAGCGGAGGAGGGCCAAAAGUUAUCCAGUGUUUCGCAUAAUUUUGAUGGUGAUCGACAUAAAUGAACAGAAUUACUGCACAGAACCUUGCCUAACCUCUGGCAAUGGUCAUGUGAUUGUAGAUAGCAGGGAAAGUGAAUUGCCAAACAACAUUUGGGAAGGAGAGUCACAUCAUAUCUUUGAGAGCCUACGUGGCUAG